CGCGGGGGGUCCCUCCAAGAUGGCGGCGCAGAGGAGGAGCCUGCUGCAGAGUGAGCAGCAGCCAAGCUGGACGGACGACCUGCCACUCUGCCACCUCUCUGGGGUUGGCUCAGCUCCCAACCGCAGCUACUCUGCUGAUGGCAAGGGCACCGAGAGCCAUCCUCCAGAGGACAACUGGCUCAAGUUCAGGAGUGAGAACAACUGCUUCCUGUAUGGGGUAUUCAAUGGCUACGAUGGCAACCGGGUGACCAACUUCGUGGCCCAGCGGCUGUCUGCGGAGCUCCUGCUGGGCCAGCUCAAUGCCGAGCACACUGAGGCCGAUGUGCGGCGUGUGCUCCUGCAGGCCUUCGAUGUUGUGGAGAGGAGCUUCCUGGAGUCCAUUGAUGAUGCCUUGGCUGAGAAGGCAAGCCUCCAGUCCCAGCUGCCAGAGGGUGUCCCUCAGCACCAGUUGCCUUCUCAAUAUCAGAAGAUCCUUGAGAGACUCAAGGCAUUGGAGAGGGAGAUUUCAGGAGGAGCCAUGGCCGUCGUGGCGGUCCUUCUCAACAACAAGCUUUACGUCGCCAAUGUUGGUACGAAUCGUGCGCUUUUAUGCAAGUCUACGGUGGAUGGGUUGCAGGUGACACAGCUGAACAUGGACCACACCACAGAGAACGAGGAUGAGCUUUUCCGCCUGUCGCAGCUGGGCUUGGACGCAGGAAAGAUCAAGCAAGUGGGGAUCAUCUGUGGGCAGGAAAGCACCAGGCGCAUUGGGGACUACAAGGUCAAGUACGGCUACAGUGACAUUGACCUACUCAGUGCUGCCAAGUCCAAACCAAUCAUUGCAGAGCCAGAAAUCCAUGGUGCACAGCCACUGGAUGGAGUGACCGGCUUCCUGGUGCUGAUGUCUGAGGGGCUGUACAAGGCCCUGGAGGCAGCCCACGGGCCUGGGCAGGCCAACCAGGAAAUCGCUGCGAUGAUUGACACUGAGUUUGCCAAGCAGACAUCCCUGGAUGCAGUAGCCCAGGCCGUGGUGGACCGGGUGAAGCGUAUCCACGGGGACACCUUCGCCAGCGGUGGGGAGCGUGCCAAGUUCUGCCCACGGCAUGAGGACAUGACCCUGCUGGUGAGGAACUUUGGCUACCCACUGGGAGAAAUGAGCCAGCCCACCCAGACCCCAGCCCCAGGGGGACGUGUGUACCCUGUGUCCGUGCCUUAUUCGAGUGCCCAGAGCACCAGCAAGACCAGUGUGACCCUCUCCCUCGUCAUGCCCUCCCAGGGCCAGAUGGUCAACGGAGCCCACAGCGCUUCCACCCUGGACGAAGCUACCCCCACCCUCACCAACCAGAGCCCAACCCUGACGCUGCAGUCCACCAGCACGCACACCCACAGCAGCAGCUCCAGCUCAGACGGGGGCCUCUUCCGCUCCCGGCCCGCACACUCGCUCCCACCCGGUGAGGACGGCCGCGUUGAGCCCUAUGUGGACUUUGCUGAGUUUUACCGACUCUGGAGUGUGGACCAUGGCGAGCAGAGCGUGAUGACAGCUCCAUAGCCCGUCCAGGGAGUGCAGCUCCAGCAGGGUCUUCGUGGGGACAAGGGGUCCAGUGCUGGGACAAGACAGGGUUUCAGCCUUUCCUGACAUCAGCCUAUGCCACAGGGCCAGUGGGUGCUCUGUCCUCAGCCUGCACCAGACUCUACCCACAGCUCUCAGGGCUGUAGGGAGGGUGAGUGCAGACUGGACCCAUUGUCUGCACCUUGUCACUGCACAGGAGGAUCAUUGCCAUUUCUCAGAACAAAGGGCCUAAGUGUGGAAGCUUUGUUGGCUUUCAGGCCACCCUGAGGGUUCCUUGACCCGUGUGCAGCAGAACGGGAAGAAGUCUCCUGUGAACCCCGAGUGUCACAGGCCCCACAGAAGCUGCUCUCUCAAGGCCACACUCCACCUGCCACCACCUCCCUGGACCAGCCUGCGGCCACUGCUCGUGUUCCCUACACCUCUGGAUGGUGAUUCCCCUUCUUCUGUGGCUUGUCAGCUCCAUGCUCCUGAAUCCAGCAUGGAGCCCUGGUUGGUGCCUGCACUUGUCCCUGGGCCCAUCCCCGUACGUGCCCUGGUAGCUGUUAGUCAGAAACAUUCAGGAAGACCAGGGAGGCUUUGGGAGCCUAGGAUAGCCCCAGUGGGGGCAGGUCAGGUAGAAAGGAACUAAGAGAAGCACUGGUCCUGGAGCCACCAGGAGAGAGGGGUGCAGCCGGGCUUCCCCAGAGGUGGGGGUGCGGGAGCAGUGAGGACGUGCCCAGUAGAGGUGGCAGGGCCUGCUCCUGUCUGUCCCUGUCAGGAGUGGGAGCCCCAGAGUCAGGGAGUUCUGCUUCCUGCCUCGCCUUUUCCUUAUUGGUGCUGGGGACGUCCACAGAUGGGGGAGCAACUGAGAUUAACCGUCUUUACCACCAAUGAUGAGCCUCUUCUGGCUCCGGGGUAGCGAACAGGUUGUGAGUCAGACCAUGGGCGCUCGUAUGAAAGAGAGAAGUGUGGGACAUAGUUCCGAGGGAAGAGGCUCUUUGGGACGAGUUGCUCUCGCAGACCAAGGGCUCUGGGGAUGUGCACAGUUUUUACAGACCCGUAGAAGAAGCGUUAGGUCAGUCACGUUUCUGUGUUAGACUAUUUCCCAUGUGUUCUCUGCCUUCAGAGGGGAGGGGGUGCCGCCAGGCUGUCAGCUGGGAUUGCCAUUCCUAUUUUCUGAGGAGGAAGCAGGCCCAGAGAGACUUGCACCUUGCCCAAGUCACACAGCCAGAGCUCAAACUGUGGCCUUGUGUCAGUGUCCAAGGCCCCCUCCCCAGUACCCAGCCUCCCUUCCCCACGAUGCCCCAGAUACAGGUCACCAGGGACUGGCACUGCGGGGCAGCCUCUGGUGUGCUUGGUCUCAAACAUCAAAGGCCAGUUCCAGAGCCCCUGCUGGCUCUGUGCUCCAGGAAUCCUCCUCUGUGGCAGAGCAGGGCCCAGCACAGGACCCAGGAAGGCUGGCUUUCCUAGGGAGGCCAUGACCUAAGAGGAGAAACAGGUCUCAGCAGAGGGCCCCGGCUCCACCUCCACUGUGAAGCAGUCUCUGUUCUGCAGGUGAGCAGAUUUAAAGUUGGUCACAAAGGCUUGGGAACAAAGGGAAUUCUCUUCCAAGGAUGUCUCUAGGAUUCUGUUUGGUCUCUGGAAAUAGAAUCCCUUUUGUAAUGCAGUAACGAAGAGUAAAUGGAGGUAUGA